GUAAACAUUGUGACUUUAGUAUUGAACAACAGUAGGCAGCAUUAUAUCAUAAAGAUGUUGUUUUUAAGAAUAAGUCUACUGGUUCUUUUACAUCAAUUGCACCUUUCGCAAAGUUACAAACCAGUUGUAUUUAUGCACGGGGUAUUUAGUAGUGGAGAAAAAGCGAAACACAUUUUUCAGUGGAUAAAUGAGUCACACCCCGGUACAGACACAUUCACAGUGAACAUGUACGAAAAUAAGAAAAGUAUAACGAAUCUAAACAAGCAAGUAACGAAAAUAGGUGCCUGGAUGAUAGAACUAAUGAAGAAAUACAAAGAUGGGAUAAACCUCAUAUGCUUUUCUCAAGGUGGUCAAGUUUGCCGUGGAAUCAUCGAGCGCAUGGAUCACAAUGUACACACAUUUAUCUCCCUUAGCGCACCACAAGGUGGACAGUUUGGACUGACUUUGGCAUUAACGAAGUUGUUUCCAAAGUGGGUACGGGAUAACAUUUACGAGGUGUUAUACACAAAAGGAGGUCAAAAAUUCUCUGUGGGAAAUAUCUGGAAUGAUCCCCGUCACCAAGAUAGAUACAAGGAAUUUUCCGAGUAUCUAGCAGUGAUCAACAAUGAUAGAACACAUAACAGAAGCCAAGAAUAUAAGUCAAAUUUCGCGAAAUUAAAGAAGCUGGUUUUGAUUGGAGGCCCAGAUGAUGGAGUUAUUGCACCUUGGCAGUCGAGCCAGUUUGGAGUCUUUGAUGAAAAAUUGAAUGUACACAACAUGUCGGAAACUUCGUGGUUCAAAGACGACUUGUUUGGGUUGAGAACGUUGUACAGUAGGGGAAAUGUUGUUACAUGUACGUUUCCAGGGGUGCACCAUACAUUUUGGCAUUCUACAAAACCUGUGUUCGACAAAUGCAUCUUGCCAUACCUUACAUAAUACCUCAAAAUUUAAUAUUUAAGAUACAGUGACUGUUAAAUGAUUGAUAAGACAACAUAAAGGAAACCUAGGUCACGUAUAGCAUUUUCAGUUUUACAUUAUUCAUUACUUUUGUGACACUUAUCAUUACUUCUUUGACAUUUAUCUCUUGUUACUGUUUUGGCAUUUAGCAUUACUUAUUUGACAUAUAGCACGGUGCAAACGACUUUUUCAUACUUACAUAUAUCAAACGACUGUAGCAAGACUGAACACGUGCAUGCAUUGUAAAUCAUUUCAAAUUUUGUAUAUAGUUUUCAAAAUCGUCCAUACGAGACAAAGAUGCAUUUAAGCCGCUCUCAUAAUUUCUAAGAGUGAUUAGAUCCUAGAUUACUGUACAAUAAGAAAUUGUCGGCAAAUCUAUUAUCGUAUUGAUAAUAUUAACAGUCGUAUUUUUAACAUGAAAAUGCCAUCCGUCUUCUUUCACAAGUUUGAAAUCUUUCAAAGUAUUCCAAAUAUGAAUUGCAAUAAAUAAUAUGACAACAACGUGGUCUAAGAAGUUUCUCUUUAUGGCGGCGCCACUACCAUUUGAACUUCCGGUGAAUGGCGAGCAGUUGUUUCCAAAAACUAUAACGUAAUGAUUCAACCUCAUGUGUUUCGUUACCCUUCAGAAAGGCAUCAUUUUAAUGACAUAGGGUCGAGUUUAGGUACCCUUCUUACUAACAGUAAACUAAAACCGUAGAAAUGCUUACAUGACUUUAGUCAGUUUUUCAAAUAAUUUCAAGCACAACUAUUUAUAUUAAAUUUAUUUGAUAUUAUAUACUACAGUGUAAAGAAAUUUUUACAAAACAAUGCAUACAAUGCAUAAGAAUAGAGAAGAGAAAGAAAUGGAGGACCGUGAAAACAUGCUAAUGACAAAAUGUGACUGAUGGAGAUGAUUCAUGAAUUAAUCAAAAAUUUGCUGUUGUUUAUUCCUUCCAGUUUGAUACUCAUCAAAAAGCUCUUCUAAAUUGUAGCUUAAAGCUUAGAAAUAAAAACAGUAUUAAAGAACCG